UUUUUAUUUGGGGGACAUUUUUAAGCGAAAAUGAACAAGAGAAGGCAUCGGAGAGGUAUGUGUGCACAUUAUUAUUGCAUUUGGACGUGUUGUUCUACGUUUUGUGCUUUAAAAUAGCUGUUUUGGAAGCAAACACCGGAUGGGCAAAUUCACAUGAGUGGGCAUCGUAUUGCAUUUUUAAAUGGCCAUUGUGCUCGUUCAUAUAUUAUUUGGGCGUUUGAUAUCAUUUAUGUGGAGGCUUUCAAUUUUUUAUUGAAUAUUUAAAAUGGGUAAUUUUUAUUGUAUAUAUAACCUUUAUCACAAAGUCUAUUAAACGCUAAGACAGUUUGCCUAUUUUGAAUGUUUAGUUAUGUAAAUUGUCAGCUUGUUUGAUAAAUUUUAAUAAGCAACAUGCACAUUUUGAGUGCCAUGCAUGAGACCUGCCAAUCUGUUGCAAAUAAUCGAAGGGUUAAUUAAUAAUUCAUAUUUUACUUGAUGCUUGUGAUGUUUAUACUCUGAGUGUAUAGUAUAUCCACAUUGGGCAAGCUUGAAAAAUAUGCCUGACCACGGUGGGAAUCAAACCUACGACCUUUGGAAUACUAGCCCAAUGCUCUUCCAACUGAACUACGCGGUCAGGUCGGUUCGUGUAUGCGAUAUUUCGGAACCGAAUCUAGGGAUAGUAUUCCAAAGGUUGUAGGUUCGAUUUGCACCGUGGCCAGGCAUAUUUUUCAAGCUUGCCCGGUGUGGAUACACACUCAGAGUAACAUCACAAGCAUCAUAUUCACCUGAGUACAAUUACACCAACAUGGAAAAAUCAUCAUAUUUUACUUGAUGGAAGAAAUUAUCAGGCAGCAUCAACUUCAUUGUGAAAUAUUGAAAUUCACAAUCCGUUUUGUAAACAAAGCCUCUGAUUGGUCCAUGAAUUGAAAGAAGCCAAUCGAACGCUUAGCCCCCGUUUUACACUAUACCGGAUUGCUAUCGGAGCGGGUCAAAUUUUGUAGGUAUUGAAAGGCUGUGAAGAUUUUUAAUCUCAGAAACCCAAAUAAACAUGCCAAUUCUGUCAAACUAAUAAGCAUUUGCUGCUAACCAUUGCUCCUUAACGGCAAAAGAAGAUGUCGUGACGAGCGAAUCCCGUAUAGUCUAAACAGGGCCUUAGUUUUACAAACCAAUUUUGCAACAAAAUUUGCAAAUUCGGACAAGCUUUGGAACAAACUUGGGAACAUUUUGGCAAAAGUUCUGUGAAAUGGUUUGUGCACCUAUGUCACGCUUGGCAGUUGACACAAUUUCACGAUCAUAAUUUGAGCACUUUCAUGCGGUUAGUCAGCCAGAAAACAUAAGAAUUUGUCAUUGGAAAUUUGUUGUACAUACACACAUGCAAUUAGCAAAUAAAAUUUGCCACACAAUAACUUUUAACAUUGAAGCAUAGAAAACUUGCUUGUCCGUAACCAGCUUUAAUUGUUUGUUUGGAAAUUUUCAGGUAAAAUCCUUCCCUCCCCAACUCCAAUUUAUGUCCCUGUGGUCUUGCUUCUGAAUUCUAUUAGUGACAAAUACAGUAUGUCUUGAAUUUAUCUCACAAUUUAGACCUAGAAUUUGAUCAAAAUGUGUGUGCAUUCUGUGGCGAGGCGUCUGAUGAAAAGAAAUGUGGAAAACUUUUCACCUCCAAACUUGGUUUCUCUGUGCACCAGUAUUGCAUGGUGAGUUGCCCAGACUUUGUUGUUAGGCCCUUGCAAUUUGCCUCAGCAAUUGCCAAAGCAUACUCAGAAUGUUCUUACUAGACUUUCCAAAGUCCUUUCCAGACCCCUCUAUGGCGCGCUUCACUUCCUCUGUGGAAAGGACUUUUGUCACUUGCAGCGUGCCAAAUAUCACCGGUGGAAAAAUCCACCGGUGAUGUCAUUGUUUACAUUGAAGGUUUACAUUUAUUGAUCAUUAUCGAAGGAGUCUAAAAAUAACAUUAUAUUCUCAGGCUUUUUUGUUGAACAAACAUUUAUUAUUGAAGCAAACAGAAUAAACAAUGUAAAUACAAUUUUGUAGAACACAAAAUCCAUGUGAAAAUACACAAACGGCAAACAUUUUAAUACACUGACUAUGAGUACAUGCAGCCUACAGGGUGUAGAAAUAAACUUCAAAACUGUCACCGAAAAUGCAUGCAUCUGAUGAUUCUAAAAUUUCCUCACUAGUUUCGGGUUUAGUUUGGGUUUCUUGAUCUCGAUUACUGAUUAUUACAAAAUCGUUAGUUGAGAAAACAGGAUUUACUGGAUUUUGAACUCUAGCGAUGUCUUCUUGUUGAUCACAAUCGCCGCCUCUCUGCUUCUUGGUUACAGUUGUGUAACUGCUCGCGAACUGAAUCAGUUAAUAAGUCUAAUAAAUCAAGUACUAUUCUUGUCGACACAAUUACGGCACAUUGUUAGACAAAACAACUGUCUAGAUUCAAUAAGUUUUUACAUGCACUUGUUUUUGUUGAUACAUGAACAGCUUUCGGCCCUUUAUACUUGGGUCAGUUAUUUCGUUUCCACACUCGGUGCAAACUGUUUCAUUCGAGGACAAAGAAAUGUCAAUUCUUGAGAAUGUUUUUUUAGACCCAUUGACGGCACGCGGUGAAGUAAUUGUAUGAAAUGUACACACCCUUUUUAAUAUGUCAAAAUUAUUUGCGCCAAAAUUUUUAAUGCGAUUUAAAUUCCUGCAAGCGACACAAGUCGACCACUCGCGACUUCGUCGCUUGGGUCGCGCGCUCCCUCCCCUGCGCCCUCCCUCCCCUGCGCCCUCCCUCCCGCAUGGUUGACUUGUGGCAAGUCUAUGUUCUUACUUGCCUCAACAAAAAUUUUAAAAAAAAUCUACCAGGGAAAAUUUUCUAUAUAUUCUCACAUAUUACUGAUAUAUUAGAUUUGUUAUUAUUAUUGUCGUUUUCAGGUCACUUUUCAGCGCGCGGGUCCGAAGUUUGUUGUGAACUUGCAAAUUACGUUUCCAAGUUUGGAAAUUAGGAGUGAACUUCGCAACAAAGUUUGCAAGUUUAUUUCAAUGUUUGAACUUCCAUUGUAAAUUAAUGUUCCUAGUUCGAGUUAAACAGUUUCUGUUAUAUUAACAAUAAUCAAUGGAAAGUUCUUGGUUCAGUGGUCUACCAAGAAGAUUUGUAUUUCAUUGAAUUGGUUAUGAUUAUUGAGUAUGAACAUUUGUUUACAAACGAAGUUCAAACAUUGAAAUGAACUUGCGAACUUCGUUGUGAAGUUCACGCCCAAUUUUGGGACUUGGAAACGUAAUUGGCAAAUUUGCAACCAACUUGGGACCCGUACGAUGAAAAGUGACUUGAAAUCGACAAUAACGACCUAUUCUAUUUAAAUGUUAAUUAUUUUCAUUUGUAGUUUUUCUCCGCUGCCCUGCCACAAAAUGGCGAAGAUAACGAUGGUUUUGAGGGGUUUCUAGAACGAGACGUUUUAAGAGAGAUCAAACGAGCUAGUCGACUGGUAAGGCUACUGUAGCAACAAAUUUUGUGCAAAGGCCCAGACUCAUCUGAAAAAAUAUUUUCAUAUGGCUUAAGUUGGCAAAUUGCAAAUUUUGCUCAUCUGUAUGGAUCAACAAAAAUAAUACAAAACUAUGGCAUACUGUAUUUUUAAGUAGCCAAAUGCUGCAAAACCUUGGCUACAAGAUAGGCCUAAAAAAUACCUGUGGUUCCGGUUCCUGACCAACCCUAUUUUUGUUUGCCGACCUUAUUAUUUUUUCAAUGCGAUUGACUGUGCGACCCUAUUUUCUCCAGGUGGUUGCGGGUGUGCAAAAAUGGCGUCUGUUGUCACACUAAUUAUUGAACCAAAUUUGAAAUUACCUAAAUUCGUCCAUAGGAAAUACGCAUCCCUAGUUAAUCUUGAUGUUGGGACUCGACUGAAAAUCGCCCAGCAAAAAAAUGCCAAAACCAUGAAAAAAAAUAUUUUAAAAAUAAAUUUAUUUUCGACCUACCGACCCUAAUUUUUUCACGAUAUGAAACCGGAACCACAGGUAUUUUUUUAGGCCAUAUGCCGAAAUCUGGCAUUUUGAUACUUCAUAGCCGCAAACAGCAAAAUAUGACAUGAAUGUGACAUGGAUGCAGAAAGUAGGCGGCAGUAAACCUCAUAACCCUGUGUACAGUACAGACUGCAUUCAGACCUGUCAAGUUUGGAAAAGUUUUAUGCGGGAAGGUAAUUUCCUUAGGUUAGUGUCGACAAGAUGCCACUGACUAUAGUUGGUGCGCCCUGGGGGAAAUUUUGAAAUUUGAGUUCCCCAGAUCGCCAGAAAAUUGCCUUUCCAAGGUUUUUCUUCCGCCUUUUUUCGAAGCAUAAAGCUUAUGUGUCCAUGCUAUAAAAAUAUGAAAUUUCAUCCGUUGCUCCUCCUUCCCAAACGGCAAAAAAUAGCGCUCCUCAUUUGUCUCCCAGCUUUUUGUCUCUUUUUGAUAUGCGAUUGAGACACAUUUUCAAGACUUCUCAAGACUUCUGGGUACUGGCGUUGGCAAAAAGAAUGCAUUGAACAUUGUGCAAAUGAAAAGAAAUGGGAGUAAUUACCUCACAGGAAGAAACCUCGACAAGUUAAGUUUAAGUUUAAAAAUGCGGGAAGAAAGUCACUUCAUGCGUGAUGCGUGAAAGCAAACAAAAAUGCGUGAAUUUCACGGUAAUUGCGGGAAACUUGGAAGGUCUGUGUAUUAUGCUGUAAUCAGGACCUAGCCUGGAUUAUCAAUGUCCACAAAGGUUUCCCUUGGAAUAAUAUUGAAAUAAGAUCUUUAUCUUCUAAAAACGUUCCAGUUCCCUUAGAGUUCACUGCUCUGUACACAGGCUGUAAACCUCAUGACACACACUAGAGAUAAGACUGUAAGCCAUCGGCUUGUGUUGUUAUCAAAUUUUGUUUCUGUUUUUUAGAAAUGUUGUCUCUGUGGAAAGAAAGGGGCAUCAGCAGGAUGUUGUGAUCUACACUGUAAAAGAGGUUUUCAUUUCUCAUGUGGUAUCAAUCAGAAAUAUCUAUUUCAGUUUUUUGGACAGUUUAGGUACUUAAUUGACAAUAAAUUCUCGCAAUGACUUAGAUGGGAUAGAUGAACCUACUGCUAAUCUAAUUCCAAAUCUAACCCUGAUAAUCUUAACUAGCUGUAAUCCAAUCUUAAUCUAACACUAAUCUAAACUUGAUGACCUCUUUUUUUAAUACUCCAAGCCUACGCAGUAUCAAUGCAAGUAAUUUCUUUUUCAUCGAUAGAUUCAGGUUUUUUCGCCGAUGUCCGACAGUAGUUUGCAGCACAAACUGCUGUCAGAGUUCAACAAACUCCGGCUCCGCCAAAAUAGGCCAAAACUCUGGUGCACAGCAUUAUAUAUACUCUACAGGUGUAUGUACCACAGAAUACCAAUGUACCACAGAAUACCAGUCUUAUUUAUUUCUUAUAUAAAACUUGAAGGAAAUAUGCUAUAAACUUUAUUUUUGUGAUUAUAUAUUAGUUAUAGUCUUAAUUGACAUAUAAAAACAAAAAAUGUAUAUUUUCUUAAAAAUAAUCAGGAUUAACAAGAAGUAACAUUCUAUAUUUUUGGUACUUUUUUUUUCGUAUAAUGCCUGUAAAAUCCGAAUGUUCAAAAAUAACUUCGCAAACCAGCAUAAUUUAUGUUGAUCAAUACUUUUUCUAUGCAACACAACAUUAUUACUACACUGGAAUCACACAGUGUAAUCAAUUUUACCAUUGAAAAACUGAAUUUUUCAAAAUUAUUGACAAAUCUGAUAUUCUUUGGUUAUACCACUGGUAUUCUUUACUGAUUUUAGUGUUUAACUUUCACUAAAUUAAGUUAGCAAUAUCCCACAAUAUUGUCAUGCAAAAUGACGCACCAACUCCUGGUACAAUUUGAUAAACCGUUGCUUACUUACCUCUGCACUGGUAUUCUGUGGUACAUUGGAAUUUUUUCCACAGAAUAUUCAUUUAAAAAAAAAAUAAUUAAGCUUAUGAAAUCUUGCCCCAAAACCCCCAGGAAGAAAAAAUAUAUCGAUAGACUAUACUAAAAAAUAUUAAGGAACCAUAUUAUAUACAUUAGACAAAAGAUAUGGAACAUGUAAAUUUUUGCGGUAUUCUGUGGUACAUACACCUGUAAAUGUUUUAGGGCGUACUGUGUUGACCAUCGUCUUCAUCAAGACACGCCAUCAUAUCCGUCUAAGAAAGCGAAAUGUCCAAUCUGCCUGGAACCUGUCCAAUGUCGUGCUUCCACCGAUAUAUUGACCACACCCUGCUGUAAAGAUGUCUGGUUUCAUAGAUCAUGUGUCCAGGUAAGAAAAUCACUGUUAAUUAGCCAUUCCGAAGUUGAUGAGUGGACUGGGGACGAGUAUUAAAAAGUGCCGAAAUUAAGAAAUGAACCGAAUCACUAAAAAGACCACCUUAAAAUUAGUAAGUAUACAAAGUUUGAAGACGUUUACAUGAAUAUCCUUCGAAUAAUAAGCUUUCGAAAAUCGUGAUAUUUACUAUGAAAUGUAUUGUGAUUUUUGUUUUUGGGACACGCGUCCCCAAAACAAUCUUUUAAUCAGUAAUUUCACAAUUUUCGAAAGCUUAUUAUUCGAAGGGUAUUCAUGUAAACGUCUUCAAACUUUGUAUACUUACUAAUAUUGAGGUGGUAUUUUUAGUUAUUUUGUUCAUUUCGUAAUUUGGGCACUUUUUAACACUCGUUCCCAGUCCUCUCAUCAACUUCGGAAUGGCUAAUAGUAAACGCGGUUAUUGUGGAGAAUAUCACAAUUAUUAUAAACGUUGUAAACUGUAUGUCGAUCUACGUGGAUUAUAGGGUGAGCUGCUUAAAGGGAUAUGGCAAUAUAAAUUAAGUUUGUCUUAUUUGAAAAAAGCAUUUAAAAUUAUAUAUAAACUUCUUUUACAAUUAUUCCCUAUCUUGCUUGGUUUUCAAAAUAAAUCGACUUAUUUUGAUGAAAAGCAGCGUGCAUUCCGCCAUCUUGGAUAUCCAUUCGAUAUGCGUACGUCACAAGUAGGGUAAAAAGCGAAAUUUUUAUCUUGCAACCACAUGUUAUUAUCAAUAUAUGAAACUCGAUUUUCCGAAGUCGUUUUAGUACUCAAUUAACUCGCAACAUUUUAAGAAACGUUUCGAAGAAAUUUAGUCCCACAUGAAAGAGUUUUAACAAGUUUACCCUCGAUCAGCCCUGAUGGUAGGGAAGGCGGACAGUCAUCUGAUGCAUGCAAGUUCUGCUGCUUUAAAACAUCUAGAGUUUGUAGCAUUUUGUGCGAUGUAACACUGUAUACUAUACUGUAAUAGGCAGUUUAAGAUCUUGACGACGAACUACCGACUACACGUUUGAAAUUUAUCCCAAAUAUGUUUUAUGUGCAUGCCUUUGUGUUCGGCAAGUUUCAUCUUUUAAUUUUCACCAUCUCUUUAUAAAAAUACUCUCCAACCUGCAACGUUGCGUAGUCAGUUUCGGUGCUAUGUUCUUGAUUCUGUUUGACAACACAAGAAUGUGAUUUUUACGCUGUAGCCAAGGUCGCUACGGUGAAAAGUAUGCUCUGGGGAUAUGUAAAUUUUGUCUACCUUUGUUAAAGCAAUGCGAAAACAAGCUUUCAACUGUACUCCGUACCCGUUGUUCGUUGUCGGGAUCUUAAACUCCCUAAUCUGUGUUGUUUACAACUCGGUGUGCUGAAAUUCAUUCUUUUCUUCGGGGUAUUGCAGAAUUUGUAUAUGUAAUAUUGUGAAACGGGUGGUCAUGUAGCAAUAUUUGUUCAUAAAUAUUUUUUUUGAUUUCUCAGGAGCAAGCAAAAGUGAGUGGCUACUUCUUUCGUUGUGCUGUCUGUAAUGACAACGAUAAAUUUGUAGAAGAAAUGAAAACAAUGGGAAUCUAUGUUCCGGAUAGGUACUGUAUAAACGUGGAAAUAUUCAGCAUAUGUUUACAAAACCAUUUGAAGUACUUAGUCUCAUAUAAACAGUACACAGUGGUGUCAAGUAAGGCCAAAAAAAAAAUUGUGGGUUCCGGUUUCCUCUUGUAAAAACUUCGGUAGGGUAGCCGUAGGUCGGUUUUAACUUCUUUUUUUUUAACUUUUUUUUAAAUUUUCCUAACAACCGGACGCCAUUUUGUUUAGUCAGUGCUUCCACAUCCAAAUAUAAAUUUCCCUAAUAUUGCCUCAAUUUUUCACAAACGUUUUGCUCUAAGUGGAAACACUUACAAGCGUGAUCCAGUAAAAAAAUUUAGAGUCGGGAUUUCGACGUCCAAAAGCUAGGUAGGGUCGGGAAACCGGAAACCCACAUAUUUUUUUUGUUUGGCCUAACGAAAUAAAUGUACUUCGUUACUCCACUUGAAUACUAUUUUUGAGAAGUCAGCAUGUAACAAAGUAAACUUUUUCUCGAGUGAUUUUACUUGGAACGAAGUCGUUUUAAGAAGCAACAUUUUGCUUCGUUAUUUUCAUUUUCUGGCAAAGCAUUUCGUUACUUUCUAAUUUUUUGUUUAAUUUUACGUGAUUUAUUCCGGGUUUAUUUUAAUUUUGGGAUAGGUACUAAGGACCUCCACAUGCAUUUGGGGUCUCUCGUUUGUGUGGCUUACUUAUAAGCAUUAUUUAUUUAAUGGAUUUCUUACAUCUUCAACGGCGUCUAGAAAGUAGACCAUGCCGUGAAAUAUUGUAUAUUAGAUGCACGCAUAUAAUGCGUGUGCUGUUUUGUGUCUUUUGUAUGCCAAUCCAUUGGAGAAGUCCCCACCCCCCUACACGCUACAGACAAUAGUGCUUUUACUUUUUACUUUCAGUAUUUUUUAAGGGUACUUAAUUGUACUUUUUACUUAAGUACGUUUUGUCUCCAGUACUUUUUACUCUUACUCAAGUCGUUUUAUUGUUAAUUACUUCUACUCGAGUAUACAAAUUCAAAGUAAUUUAGGUACCACUGUCUAAACAGUUGUCAUUUCUGGUUCGUAUAGAGAUGCAGCGUGGGAGGAUGGCAAUAAUUUCGCAGAACUACUGGAGAAAUAUAGUCAUUGUGAUAUCCAAUCUUGUAGAUGUCCAUUGGGAAGGAAAUACUCCUCAGAUAGUGGGUGA